AACCAACUCAAUCUUGCUGAAGAUGAAUUCAUCGCUUACGCUCUCCCUGUGCACACGAUGCGCACGACGGAGAUCACAGGUCCCUCAAAUACGGACUAGAUACCCACUAAGUCGAUACAGCACAUCUACCGCCACACUUCAUGAUCAUCCGUUCCGAGUAGCUGUCAUUGGGUCCGGUCCGGCGGGCUUCUAUGCUGCAUAUCGACUUCUCUCCAAAGUCAGUGAUGUGGUAGUUGAUAUGUACGAGCAAUUACCCGUGCCAUUCGGUCUAGUGCGGUAUGGUGUUGCGCCGGAUCAUCCAGAGGUUAAGAACUGCGAAGAAAAGUUUACAGAAGUCGCAACUUCUCCUCGAUUCAAUUUCAUCGGAAACGUCGCUGUGGGCUCUCAGUUGCCCUUUCAGACACUCAAGCCACAUUAUGAUGCUAUUCUAUUCGCUUACGGUGCGGCAAAGGAUCGCGAAUUGGGUAUUCCUGGAGAGGACGCCAAAAAGAAUGUUCUUUCAGCAAGAGCGUUUGUGGGUUGGUAUAAUGGGCUUCCAGAAUACCGCGACCUCGCUCCCGAUUUGACUGCCGGCGAGCACGCUGUGGUUGUCGGCCAGGGUAAUGUCGCUCUAGACGUGGCUAGGUUACUUUUGUCGGAUGUGGAUGCUUUGCGCAAGACAGAUAUUUCGGAGCAUGCAUUGGAGGAAUUAUCCAGGAGUAAAAUCAAGCGCGUGCGGGUUGUUGGAAGGCGCGGGCCAAUGCAGGCCGCCUUUACUAUAAAAGAAAUACGGGAACUUCUUCAACUUCCCUCAGUCGCAUUCGACGCUAUUCCAAAGGACUUUCUUCCUCCAGAAGACGUAGUCGCGAAACUUCCUCGAGCACAGAAACGGCUGAUACAGCUUUUGGCCAAGGGAUCUGAGACCAAUCGUAGCACUGCAAAGAAGAGCUGGUCUCUUGACUUCUUGCUUUCUCCCCAUUCUUUGCAUUGGUCACCAAUGUUUCCAUACCGGUUGUCUCAUGCAAAGUUUACUCGAAACGAAUUCGCAUCCUCCGACCCAUUCGUACCAGAUGCCAAGGUCAAACAACAUUUUCUGUCGAGUGGCCAGCAAGCGCAGGUCAAUAUUCCGUGUAAUAUAUUUUUUCGCAGUAUAGGCUACAAAUCUUUACCGCUGCCGGGGUUCGACCAUCUAGGAAUUGAAUUUGAUGGACGACGCGGUAUCAUUCCAAACGACGGGUUCGGCCGUGUUACAAGUUCUACUCCCACCGCGGAAGAUACUACGACACCGCUAGAUCAUAGACAUAUUUCCCAUUUGCCUGGACUUUAUUGUGCGGGCUGGGUCAAGCGUGGGCCAACCGGAGUGAUUGCAUCUACAAUGAUGGAUGCCUUUGGCACGGCCGACUCUAUCGCAGCAGACUGGGAAGCGCAUAAAUCAAGCAGUGAUGCCAAAAUCUCAUUCUUGAAUUCGACCUCUGGAAGCAGCACGGGUCUUGGAUGGGACGCUGUACGAGCAGAGGCCAUACAGAGAGGAUUAUCGCCGACUUCAUGGGGAGACUGGCAGAGAAUCGACUCUGCUGAAAAGGAGAGAGGAAAAGCAAAGGGCAAACCUCGGGAGAAGUUCGGCCGUGUAGAGGAGAUGUUGAGUGUUGUACGAUAG